CAAGGCGCAUGAGGAAUUACAGACAGAGCAUCACAGAAUACAACCGGAGGAAGGAAGGGAGUGAUAAGAGAGGGAAAAGUUACCUGCUCAGUGGUGACUUCUGAAGGGGGAUCGCGUCUAGAAUUGGAAUACCGACACCAUUUGGCUCUGAGGAAGGGAAUGCUGCUCCUGGGACCGACCUGCAGUGACUGUUGUGGAGUUAAAGACCUCAGCUGGAGAUACAGGAAGACGCCUCGCAGAGUUGCCCGAGUUCCACUUCUAGAGUCCGUUCAUUGGGAUUAGUUUUUGAGUCGGGAUUUUGCCUGAGCAGCGGCGAUCCAAGGGGAAAGGGACUGUGCGCUCCUGUCAUCUGCGAGACUAUGUUAGAGCGUGCGUCAGCCAGCAGCUCCCGGUCAGCAGUAGCGGCAGCCUCAGAGCAUGGAGAAGUCUAGCAGCGAGGAGUCAGCUAUCCACCGCAGCCCUUCCAUAGACAGCCGAGAUUCCGAUUACCCGCAAGCCUCCACCUCUGGCCGCCCUUUCGGUGGCCGGGGAUUCACUGCCGGUGCUUUUUACGGCUCCACGGGGCCACGCAAAAACGCGCAACAGGGGCAGGCGGGAGCGAGUGCAGAUAAUAUAGGAGUGGACAAAUCCAACAACAAGUACAGCUCUCCGAAAGGAAGCAAGUACGUGGUGUUUUACCUGGAUCUAUCGUUUGUGUUCCUUCUAGAAUUCAAAAAGUGCAACAUGGCCCGAGGAUUCCUGUGCUGCCUCAAGUAUCUGAUGUUCGUCUUCAACCUCAUCUUCUGGUUGUGCGGCUGCGGACUCCUCGGCGUGGGCAUCUGGCUGUCCGUGUCUCAAGGCAGCUUCGCCACCUUCUCGCCCUCAUUCCCGUCGCUCUCGGCCGCCAACAUGGUCAUCGCCGUCGGAGCCAUCGUCAUGGUUACGGGCUUCCUCGGUUGCCUGGGCGCCAUAAAGGAGAACAAGUGCCUGCUCCUGAGCUUCUUCAUCGUCCUGCUGAUCAUUCUCCUGGCAGAGCUCAUCCUCCUCAUCCUCUUCUUUGUUUACUCAGAUAAGGUCAGCGAGAACGCCAAAAAGGACCUGAAGGACGGCCUGGCUCUGUACAACUCCGAAAACAACAUAGGCCUUCGAAACGCCUGGAACAUCAUUCAGGCCGAGUGGAAGUGCUGCGGCGUCAUCGCGUACACAGACUGGCACGAGGCGCUCAAGGAGAAGGUGGUUCCAGACCGAUGCUGCCAGGAGCAUUACCAAAACUGUGGACGCAACUCCACCAACAUGUUCUGGAACAGGGGCUGUUUUGAGAAAGUGGAGGAGUGGCUGGACGACAACAAACAUCUGCUGGGAACCAUCGGGAUGGUGAUCCUGGUCGUGCAGCUCCUGGGAAUGGCGUUCUCCAUGACACUGUUCCACCACAUCCACAGAACGGGGAAGAAGUACGACGCUUAGCCCACGGGGAGGCCACCAACCACGGGAUAAGACUCUGCUGACGUACCCCCCUCUCUGGAGCCUCCUGUUUGGUUUCCUUUCACUUUCAGCCUCCUCCAGAGCCUCCCAGUCGCCUCUCGGGACUUUCUGUACAGAAUCCAGCUCUGUAUCGCGCCUGUCACCAAGUCAUUUUUGCCAAAGAGUUUAUCGUAGCUGAAGGUAGAAAGGACAGCGAUUUUGGCGAAGGAAGAGAGUCCCAUUGGUUGCUACUCCUCUUAAGUGCUUUUUUGUUUGUUUUUGUUUUGUUUUAUUUUUUCGCUUGGACUAACAAAUUGCUGGAAGGAGAGACUACGUUACAAAGACUUUUACUAAUGCUCACACCCCUCCGACCCGAGGGACAGAGAAUAUUUAAAAACUUAUAUCCUCCACCUUAUACGGAGUGUUCUCAUAAUAAAUCCCAUUGUAAAUGUUUCAACAUGGCAUGCUAGUUUUCUACUUGUUUAACUUUUCUUUUUCUUUUAUUUUGAAAGUACGUCAUGCUGUGUG